AUGGCGGCUGAGAUCGACGUGUCGAUAAAUGUUCGAGCCUUCGAGGAGUUGACGUAUCUUAAGUCGAUGGGGGAAGGGUUGUACUCGAUCCAGAUGAGGCCGAACUACAACAUUAUCGUCGGGCAUCCCAACAGGACGAACAACUGGCAGCGUUUUUAUUUCUACGUCAAGUCGGAUGAGUUUGCUUUCGAGGAGCCUCCCGGCGACACCUUUCUUGAUCAUCCGGAUACGGCGGCUUAUCCCGAAGAAUUUAGGGAGAACGCUCGGGCUGUCGCACUGCUCGCUCAAGAAAGUUGGGAUAAUAUUACUGUGGAAAGGAUUCGGCGAGUCAUCGACAGGAUCUCGCGAAAGGAUUGGAGAUCUGAUCUUUUGCCACUAGUGACUGGUCGCAAACGUCGGUUUUCAUUAUUAACGAGAGCGGAACAGGGAAAGAUCACCACUGCAAGAGAGAUGAAGGCCCUUCCAGACUUAAGUGCAAUCAUCGGGAAAAGAUUGAGUGGCUCGUCUAGUGACGUGCCGUCAAGGACUCCUCACGGAGUUGAUCGCAGGGAGUCUCCUCCAGCGGUCAUUCGACCAUCGCCGGUUCCCGACUCUGUCGGUUCCGAACCUUCAAGGGAAAUUUUGGAAAUUGCUGCCGAGGUUCGUCAGAAUGAACCUCCCCAAAAGAAGAAGAAGAAGCAUGCUGAAAAGGACCCGGUACCGAGUGUCGGGGCAGAGAAUCGAGAGCUCGUGGUUCACGAAGAGUCGAGUCGUGGUAACGCGGCUUCGCCUUCUGGGCCAUCUGUUGAUCGAGGUUCUGACGGCCGAGACCAUUCUAAGACGCCCGAAGGGAGGCGCGAAGCAGGAGUUUCUCAAUCGAUCACUGCCACCACUCCUCGUUCUACACCGUCGGCCCCCGGAGGCAGCUCUACUCGAAAGAAAGGUCCCGUCAAGUUCCCUGAUCACGUGGAGUUCAAAUACGACGGUGACACGCCGCUCGCCUACGACCCGGAGGAAUGCGCCGAGUUAGUUCACCAAAUCCGAGGAGGUGCAAAAGAUAUGCCGCCGGUUAAAGACCUUAUCUUCAAGGAUGCUUAUGUCGAUGCGGCAAGGACCAAGGUUCUGAGUGAUGGUAGCUUGAAUUACGUCGUUGAGCUGUACGACACGGCCUUGAAAGGAACUAUCUCCAAGUUGAAGAACACUGAAAGGCUCGUGCGAGUGAAUAACUCAGCUCUUGACCUUAAAACGAGUGAGUUCAAAGCAGUGAUCGAGAAGGCUGAGACAGAGCAUAGUCGAUUACUCGCAGAGAAGAAGGCCCAGAAGGCGAAGUUCACGGAGAAGUUUGGAGAGCUGAAGGGCAAAUUCAAGACUGCUGGCGAGAAGAUCAGAGUUCUUGAGCGAGAAAAAGCCUCUCUUGAGGAAGAGAAGGCCGCUUGGGAGAAGGAGAAGGCCGCUACAGCCUUAAGGCAUCUGAAGGAGAUUAAUCGGUUGAGGGACUCCCGAAGCUACGAGGUUACCCUUGAGAGGGUCCGCGUCCAGACUGAGAUGAUCGCAAAGUGCAAUAGGCACUUCAACAACAUUCGCGAGCGGGAGGCUCAUCGUGAUGAUUUAGACACCGCGAGGUGUCUCUACAGUCAAGCAUUCGGGGCGAAGAAAUGUCUUGAGGCGCUUAAGGAGAAAGGGAUCGACAUCCCUCAGGAAUCGAUCGAUCUGUUCGCCGGGCAGGAAAAAGAGUAUGGUGAAGAAGCCGCUCGCCCUGAUGUGGGUGAAAUUCCUGAAGAGUAUCUCUGCAUGUCUUCUCUCGCUCUAGCGUCUAAGUUCCUCAACGAGAACGACCUGGCGGCGAUCGAUCCGUAUGGGUCGAACGCUGGUUUGAUCAAUGCCGGAACCGCUGUUAUCCUUCAGACUCCAUGCAGCUCGCAAGGCGAGCCGUCAGCUGAGAGGUCGGCGGUUCCGUUGGUCGAGGGAUCGACAGCUCCUCCCGUACUUCCCUCGAGUGAUCCUGGUUCAGCUCCCUUAGGAGCAAGCUCUAUGGUUGAUGAAGAGGCACCAGAUCCGGUCCUCCCCGCUGAAGGAAGAGAAACGAGACCCGGUCUUGAUGACCUGGUCGAGUUGUCUGAUUCUUCGAUCGAAAGAAGCGGCCAGAACGAGUCCAGCGACGGAGCACCUCCCGGAGUAGGGGAAGAUUAG